AUGGAGCUACUGAAGUUCACUGGAGAUAUUACAACAUACACGAGAUUUAAGACGGACUUCAAGAAGUUCGUAGAGAAGGCAACUCAUCCAGAACAAUUGUCAUUUAGACUCAGAUCCUGCUUAGAAAACGAGGUUAACAAAGUAGUGCAGGCAGCAGAGGACGUCUAUGAGCAAAUGUGGACUUUGUUAGACGAGAAGUAUGGCGACAGACACAAGUUGGUAAAUGCUCUCAUUGGAGAUAUCUUAAAGCAGAAGCCGUUGAAAGAGGGAGAGGAUAGCCAAAUAAUUCAAUUCAUCGAACUAAUUUUGGCUAAUUGCCACCGCAACCUAAAGUGGAUGGCCAUCGAGCACGAAAUGAACAACGCCCGAGUUAUCUCCGAAAUUGAGAGUAGAUUACCGGAAGAACAGAGGAGAAGGUGGGUCAGGCUGAUCCACGAUCCACAAGGAAAGGAUAAAGUGGAGAAAGACGGGAAACUAAAAAUUCUCUCAGACUUUCUGGAAGAGGAGAGUAAGAGUCUGAGAUACAUGAUGUCAGGCUUGCAAUGGGCUGCACCACGACCAAAUGUGCACAGCAGCACAGUCAAUUUUGUGUCGACAGGGAAAAUGCCGGACGAAAGCUGCUUGAUAUACGAGGAUGGUAAACAAACAACGCAGGAUUGUAAAAUGUUCAAGUCUAUGACCGUUCAUGACAGAAUCGAACUAAUGAAACAAAAAAGAGCCUGUUUCAGAUGUCUAAAAAUAGGACACCAAGUGAAAUUCUGUAAAUUGGGACGUUGCGAUAAAGAGGGUUGUACUAGGAAACAUCACCCAUUGAUACAUUACGCACCGAGAAAUGGAAGUUGUUAA